AUGGUCUGGCAACCAGAACCGCUGCCUUUCUCCAGCAACUCGCUUCCUGAAUCUCCAUUACCGAGCAAGGAUGAAAUUCGUGCUUGCACGAAUAUUCUGUUUGAGCGCGUAUACAAAGUAGCCGCAAUAAAUGACGAGAUCGUGGUGAAGUUUGGUCGCGGGGUCAAAGAAUACGAGGGCCAGGUACUGAUAUUUCUCGAGCGCCAUGUCCCGACAAUUCCAGCACCUCGACUGUACGCUAUGUACAAGGACACCGAGACGCAUGAAACAUUUCUUGUCAUGCAGCGCAUCCCCGGUAAGCAGCUAGACGCAAUUUGGCCAUCAUUGGCCGAGGAUGAAAAAGACGAUAUCACCGAUAAACUCUGUCAAAUAUUCAAUACUCUCCGAGGCGGUUUGCCGAGAUCCUUAGGGCCCUACAUUGGGGAAGCAAACUUCGUUGCGGGCAUGGUUGGGAAUUACCGCGCGCACAUUGAGCGGAAUGGGAGGCCGGACUACAAGGUCCGGUACUACGAAGAAUAUCUCCCGAGUCUCCUCAAGGGGCAUCGGCCGACAUUAACGCAUGGAGACGUUCAACAGAAAAACAUCAUGGUCGCAGCAAACAAGAACGGUCAUAAUGCGCAGGGAGGACGGUCGUUUGAUGUGGUGCUGAUAGACUGGGCGGGAGCUGGUUGGUAUCCUCAAUACUGGGAAUUUUUUGUUGCAUCCUCCCCGAUUGCGUUCAUGUACUGGGAUAGUGACUGGUGCCUCAAAAUCCAACAAUUUCUUGAGGUCUGGCCGGCGGAGCAGGCUGUGAUGCGGAUGGUGGACAGGGAUGCUGGUCUGUGA